AUGAACUCGCCACCAACAUUUGAAUCAUUUUUAUUGUUUGACGGGGAAAAAAAAAUUGUCAGAGAAUUGGAUACAAAAGUUGUGAAUGCAGAAAUAUUCACUAUAAACAAAGAAGAUCACACAUUGGGAAACAUGAUCAGAAACCAACUGCUUAAAGACCCUAAUGUACUAUUUGCCGGGUAUAAACAACCACAUCCUUUGGAACAUAAAUUUGAAAUUCGUGUACAAACAAAAAGCUCUGAGUAUACACCUCGAGAUGCUUUAACCAACUCUUUAGCUGAUCUUUUGGCUGAACUUUCGCUGCUUGAAGAACGUUUCAAGGAUGCUAUAAGACAGAAAAAAUAUGAAAGUUCCGAUUAA